AAUACACAUUUGAGAUAGACAUCAUGGAACAUAGACAAUGGUUAGAAAUAAUAACAGCGAUAAACGCUGACAGCGAUUUGAGUGGAAGUACUGUUAUUGAAAAAAUAAAGGAGAAAUUAAAAGCAGCAGAUCCAGUCACGUAUGAAGAGUGGGAAAAGAAUUGUUUUGAUGUCGAUUAUCUAUUUGAAUGUAUUUACAACAGUGAUUUAUGUCGACAGUCUGACGUACAUCAAACCUUGUUAUGUUUAGCUGCUAGAAACGGCCAUAUUAAUAUAGUAAAAGCUCUAAUAAGCAAAGGAGCAAAUGUUGAUAAACCGAAUACCCUCGGAAGUACUCCUUUACUUUUGGCCGCUAGCAACGGCCAUUUGGAAAUAGUGAGAGUUUUCAUAUGUAACAAGGGCGAUGUCAAUAAACCAAACGAAUACAGAAAUACUCCAUACUAUAGCGCAGCUAGCCAUGGUCACAUAGAAAUAAUGAAAGUUCUAGAGAAAGAAGGGGCUAAUAUCAAUAUCAAAAAUAAUGAUAAGAUGACUCCUUUGCACUGUGCUUCUUUUAAUGGUCAUCUAGACACAGUAAAAUAUCUGGUAGAUGAGAAGCAGGUUUAUUCCAUGGUUGUUAACAACUCUGGCUGGACACCUUUACAUUGUGCUUCUUCUAAUGGUCACCUGGACAUAGUAAAAUAUCUGGUAGAUGAGAAGCAUGCUGAUUUUACCGUUGUCGACAAUGAUGGCUCGACUCCUUUGUUCCUCGCCGUUCAAAAUGACAGACUAGAAAUAGUAAUGUAUCUGAUAGAUGAGAAGAACGUUAAUUUUACGCUUGCUGACAAAAGUGGCUGGACUCCUUUACAUUAUGCUUCUUAUAAUGGUUAUCUGGACAUAGUAAAAUAUCUGGUGGAUGAGAAGAAUGUUAAUUUCAUGGUUACUGACAACUUUGGUCGGACUCCGUUGCAUUAUGCUUGUGCUAAUAAUCAUCUGGACAUAGUAAAAUAUCUGAUAGACGAGGAGAAUGCCGAUUUCGAUGUUGCUGAUGACGAUGGCUGGACUCCUUUAUACCUUGCCGCUACAAAUGGCAGACUAAAAAUAGUAACGUAUUUAGUAGAUGAGAAAAAUGUUGAUUGUAUUGUUGCUGGCAAACAUGAUUGGACUCCUUUAUACCUUGCCACUGUUGGUAUGUGCAAGUACGACGUGGUAGAGUACUUGGUAAAUAAAGGUGCAGAUGUUAAUAUUGCUACGGAAAAGGGCAGAACUCCGUCUCAAGGUGCUGCCUUUUCUGGUAAACUGGAUGUGUUGAAAUAUCUUAUAGAAGAUAGAGGUGCUAAUAUGGACUUUCGUGACGAAAAUGAUCACACUCUUUUGUGUCCAGCUCUUGAAAGAGGUCAUUUAGAUGUAGCAAAAUACCUUAUAGAAGAAAAAGGAUUGGAUACUAACGUUAAAGAUAGAGGGGGCAGGACUAUGUUACAUUUGGCUGUCCACAGUGGUAAUUUUGAUCUGGUAAAAUAUCUUAUAGAAGAAAAAGGUAUGGAACAACAUAUAAAUACUAGAAGAAUUGAUAACCGUUGGACUACUUUACACGAAGCUGCUUCUAAAGGCUCCCUGGCGAUAGCAGAAUUUCUAAUAAGCAGAGGCGCUAUAAUAAAUGCGUUUGAUAAAUACGGUGAGACUUCUUUACAUAAAGCUGCUGUAAAGGGAUAUAUGGAUGUUGUAAAAUUACUUGUAAACAAAGGUGCUAAUAUUAAUCCAAGAAAUAAUAAGGGUUUUACACCUUUGCAUUACAUUAUUAAACGAGGUUAUAUAGAUGGGGUAAAAUUUCUUGUGGAAAAAGGAGCUAACAUCGACAUUCGAGAUAACUAUGGAAAUAGUUCUGUGGAUUUAGCCGCACAGUAUGGUAGAGAAGAUAUUACAGAAUUUUUUAACAGUACAGAAAAAUCUCCCUGUUCGUCGCCGGAACCGGAUUCCAACGUGUGAGGAGUAGUAGGCUACAGUUGAUUUCUUCAAACCUCGCGGCUCGCCUUUAUUGUCGCUCUCGCUCUCGAGUCGAGCGAAACUAUUAUUGUAUAUUAUGUAUGUAAGGCAGCCGUUAGCAUCGGAAACAGUCAGUGUAUAUUGUAAUAAUAGAAUAAAAACGGUGACUUCACUUUUUUAUUUCUAA